UUUUAUUCAUUUAUUGUCCCAGCAUGCAACGCGCCGUGUCCUUCUCCGGAUGUUGUCAGCUUCUCAACUUCCGGUGUGAGAGUUAGCAUUAUUUUUGCUCAAGCUAGGUUUUCAGAUUUGACUGGAAACAUCCAUUUAAACGGCGGAAAAUGUCUCACACCAUCCUGCUGGUUCAGCCCACAAAAAGGCCGGAGGGGCGAACGUACGCCGACUUUGAGUCAGUCAACGAGUGUAUGGAAGGAGUGUGUAAAAUGUACGAGGAGCAUCUGAAGAGGAUGAACCCCAACAGUCCGUCCAUCACGUACGACAUCAGCCAGCUGUUCGACUUCAUCGAUGACCUCGCCGACCUCAGCUGUUUGGUGUAUCGGGCCGACACGCAGACGUACCAGCCGUACAACAAGGACUGGAUCAAGGAGAAGAUCUACGUCCUGCUGCGGCGUCAGGCCCAGCAGGCGGCCAAAUGAUGCUGCGGCGAGCGGGAAGCCCAGCAGCGUCUUUCUUUAUGUUCUUUGUAUGCAGUGGAGUUGUAUUUUGUAUUUUAUUAUAUGACUAAUAAAGUUUUUCAAAAAUACA